AUGCUGGGGCUUCAGCUUCAUCAAUCAUCACUUAAAAAUGGCGUUUUCGAAUGCCCCUUUGGAGCUUCCCCUGUUCAUAGGAAAAGGAACCUUUCCCUGCUACCAAUACCAAAUGCCAUUCCUUCCAGAACCCAGAGAAUAAUGGAAAGCAUUUCAGUGAGUGGGGAAGUCGGUGGUGCAGGCGGUGCUUACUCAUACACUGCUUUGAAAAGAUUGGACCAGUUGUGGUCUACCAUUUGCUCUGCUUCAACAGUUGUCCAGGAACCUCCGAAAGUAGUUUCAACCGUUCCUGGUUUGUUUAGCAACUCUGAACUUGCUGGGAAAACUGUGGAUGCGUUUGAUGUCUUAGUUUGUGGAGGUACACUGGGUAUCUUCAUUGCUACAGCAUUGAGUUCAAAAGGUCUAAGAGUUGGAAUUGUCGAACGAAAUGUACUAAAAGGGAGGGAACAAGAAUGGAACAUCUCCAGAAAAGAGCUCUUAGAACUUGUAGAAGUUGGUGUCUUAACGGAAGAUGAAGUUGACCAGGCUAUUACAUCAUUUUUCAACCCUAAUAGAUGUGGAUUUGAAAGCAAGGGAGAGAUUUGGGUUGAAGAUAUUCUUAAUCUUGGUGUUUCCCCAGCUACUCUUAUUGAAAUCGUGAAAAAACGUUUUCAAUCCCUUGGUGGUGUCAUUUUGGAGGGAUGCAGUGUGUGUAGCAUAUCUAUAUAUGAUGAUACAGCAGUUAUAGAGCUCUCAGAAGGGAAGAUUUUAUCAUCAAGUCUCAUAAUUGAUGCAAUGGGAAACUUCUCUCCUAUUGUAAAGCAGAUCAGACGUGGUAGGAAACCCGAUGGUGUUUGCCUUGUGGUUGGCUCAUGUUGCCGAGGAUUUGAGGAGAAUUCAAGGAGUGAUGUUAUCUAUAGCAGUGCCUCAGUAAAGGAAGUUGGAGAUUCAAAAGCUCAAUAUUUCUGGGAGGCCUUCCCAGCUGGCUCAGGUCCAGCGGAUCGAACUACUUAUAUGUUCACUUACGUUGAUCCACAACCAGGAUGUCCAAAGUUGGAAGAUUUGUUGGAAGACUACUGGAACUUAAUGCCAAAUUAUCAGGGAGUAUCUCUUGACAACUUGGAGAUCUUGAGAGUUAUAUUUGGCAUCUUUCCUACAUAUUGUGACAGCCCAUUGCCUGCAGCCUUCAAUCGUAUUCUACAGUUUGGGGAUGCCAGUGGUAUACAGUCACCGGUUUCUUUUGGUGGUUUUGGCAGCUUGACAAGACACCUAGGUAGAUUGACAGCAGGAAUUUAUGAAGCAGUUGAUGGGGACUUUCUCGAUUACCAGAGCUUGUCCUUGUUGAACCCAUACUUGCCAAACUUAAGUGCAUCCUGGCUGUUUCAAAGAGCAAUGUCUGCCAAAAAAGAAUCAGAUAUUUCUCCAGACUUCAUCAAUGAACUUCUAUUUGCCAAUUUCCAGAGCAUGCAGAAACUAGGGGACCCGGUGCUGAGACCAUUUCUUCAGGAUGUCAUUCAGUUUGGACCUCUUGUGAAGACAUUGGGCCAAGUGAUGUUGACCAAACCGGAAAUACUUCCAUCAAUAUUUAAACAGUAUGCUUCCCCGUCCUUAAAAAAUGACCCUCUUACAGGUAGGUAUCCCGGUGCUGCUUGA